GUGUUCGAUCCUCCUUCUCCGGCUUUACGGAUUUCCGGGGGCAAAGAAUUUUGCCUCGGUCCCUACGAGCAUCUCUUGGCCUCUCUCCCCCUCCCCUCGCGACUCCCCCACCUCGUGGGCGCGCGCGCGCACACUCACACACAUUCACACUCGCAGGCGCGCGUGCGCACGCCCGCACGCCCGCGCGCCCCGAGCCGCGGAGUCUUCAGCAGAUCCCACUCUCUCGGGCGCCGCUACUCACACAGGCUUCCAGUCGCCACGGGGCGUCCUCUGUCUGCGGCAGCGGCGGCGGAGGCAGCAGAGGGAACCGCAGCGGCAGCCUGGCCGCGUCUUGCAGCUUCGUGCUCGGGACGGAGUCGGGGAGAAGCGGAGAAGGAGGACGCCGAGGCGAGGAGGAGCCGCGCCGCGCCCAGCGCCCGGCUCCCGGCUCCGCGCGGCGGGCUGCCCCCGCUCCCGGUACCGCGGCUCCAGAUGCACACCCGUAUAGAUGUUUAAAGCGCCACCACCAGUUGGAAGGAGAGCAACACCUGGGGCUGGGACGGAGAUGGUGUGCUGUUUUCCAUGGGAGUUUGCUUGGCAGAUGGAAUAAUUCAUGCAUCGAUUCGGGACUAGCAGUAGCAUUGACCUGACAUAUUCAGUUGAGUCAUAGCAGAGAAGACAGAUAUUGCUCCCAUGAUGUCACCACCCCUCCCCAACCUCCCCGAGGAGGAGACACGAAGCAUCUGGCAUGUCAGAGCCACACGGUCUUCCAUGGGACGCCGUUUGUGAACAGAUUCCAUUUAAAAGACUUUUGUGAAUACAUGGUCUCAACCAGGUCCCCAGAGAACAUAUUUGUCUUCUGAUCUGCUGGAGGCCUUAAGUAACAUCUGAGGAUUCAGCUCAAGAGUCUUCUCCUCUCCAAAGCCUCUAAGGGGAGUGAGGUGCUCUGGAAGUAUUUCCACAACAACGUGUCGUCCCUCUUCGCUGUCUGUUUGCGUGCAGCCUGCCUUCCUCCAGUGGCUGACAAGCUCCCUAAGGAGAAGUCAUUCAUCUCUUUGUGCCAAAUAUCAAGAAGUGCCUAGGACAAAGAAGCUACUAGAGAAUGUGCUCUACAAAAAUGAGGAUGUAAUCCAAGAAAGAGGAAGCCAUGGGAUCCAGGAAACGGGGGACCCAACACAGGCGAGAGGCGCAGGGAUUUCGCAAGAUGGUGUUAAAAAGAAGCCCCAGGACAACAGGCCUCAAGGCGUGGGAGCUCAUCUUCGGUGUCACAGACACUUCUAAGAUGGUGCGGAUUUCUCGAUUUAGCCCUGCAGACCCUGGUGUAGAAAUUGCUCUCCGAGAAUCCGAUGACCUCCGUGGGGACCCUGCACUCAGCCAUCAGAGCGCUCCUGCUGCCCAGGAUGCUCCUAAUUCAGUAGUAGAUGCAGGUGGCGUUGAAAGCAUCACCCGGUGUCCCCAGCAGCUUCCUCAGAUGAUGGCUGCAGCAGCCGAUGGUUUGGGGAGUAUAGCGAUAGACACCACGCAGCUCAACAUGUCCGUGACAGAUCCCACAGCCUGGGCCACCGCCAUGAAUAACUUGGGCAUGGUUCCCGUGGGGCUGCCUGGACAGCAGCUCGUGUCCGACUCAAUCUGUGUCCCAGGCUUUGAUCCAGGCCUCAACAUGAUGACUGGGAUCACCCCCAUUAACCCAAUGAUACCAGGCCUGGGGCUUGUACCACCCCCACCGCCAACAGAAGUGGCUGUCGUCAAAGAAAUAAUCCACUGCAAAAGUUGUACUCUUUUCCCUCAAAAUCCAAAUCUUCCUCCUCCUUCCACAAGAGAACGACCUCCUGGGUGUAAGACCGUGUUUGUCGGAGGAUUACCAGAAAAUGCUACGGAGGAAAUUAUUCAAGAAGUCUUUGAGCAGUGCGGUGAUAUUACAGCCAUUCGGAAAAGCAAGAAGAAUUUUUGUCACAUUCGAUUUGCCGAGGAAUUCAUGGUUGACAAAGCCAUUUACCUUUCCGGUUACCGGAUGCGAUUAGGGUCCAGCACGGACAAAAAGGACUCGGGCCGCCUGCACGUGGACUUCGCCCAGGCCAGGGACGACUUCUACGAGUGGGAAUGCAAGCAGCGGAUGCGCGCGCGCGAGGAGCGGCACCGGCGCAAGCUGGAGGAGGACCGGCUGCGGCCGCCCUCGCCGCCGGCCAUCAUGCACUACUCGGAGCACGAGGCCGCGCUGCUGGCCGACAAGCUGAAAGAUGAUAGCAAGUUUUCAGAGGCUAUCACAGUGCUCCUUUCCUGGAUCGAACGAGGGGAGGUGAAUCGGCGUUCUGCAAACCAGUUCUAUUCCAUGGUGCAGUCAGCCAAUAGCCACGUCCGCCGGCUGAUGAACGAAAAAGCCACCCACGAACAGGAGAUGGAAGAGGCCAAGGAGAAUUUUAAAAAUGCCUUAACAGGAAUCCUCACUCAAUUUGAGCAGAUUGUGGCCGUUUUCAACGCUUCUACCAGACAAAAAGCUUGGGACCAUUUCUCGAAAGCUCAGCGCAAGAACAUAGACAUUUGGCGAAAGCAUUCUGAGGAGCUCCGGAAUGCUCAAAGUGAGCAGCUCAUGGGCAUCCGCCGCGAAGAAGAAAUGGAAAUGUCAGAUGAUGAGAAUUGUGACAGCCCUACUAAAAAAAUGCGAGUCGAUGAAUCAGCCCUGGCCGCUCAGGCCUACGCUCUCAAAGAGGAGAACGACAGUCUCCGUUGGCAGCUGGAUGCCUACAGGAAUGAGGUGGAGCUGCUGAAACAAGAGAAGGAACAGCUUUUUCGAGCAGAGGAAACCGUCACCAAGGACCAGCAGCUGCAGUUCCUGCAGCAGACCAUGCAAGGCAUGCAGCAGCAAUUGCUGACCAUCCAGGAGGAGUUAAACAACAAAAAGUCAGAACUGGAGCAAGCAAAGGAAGAACAGUCACAUACGCAGGCAUUACUUAAAGUCCUCCAGGAACAGUUAAAAGGUACCAAGGAAAUGGUCGAGACCAAUGGCCACAGCCAUGAGGACACAAAUGAAAUCAAUGUGUUGACAGUCGCAUUGGUCAACCAAGACCGAGAGAACAAUAUUGAAAAAAGAAGCCAAGGCUUAAAAUCAGAGAAAGAAGCUCUGCUAAUCGGGAUUAUAUCAACGUUUCUUCACGUCCAUCCUUUUGGAGCCAACAUAGAGUAUCUCUGGUCAUACAUGCAGCAGCUGGACUCCAAGAUAUCUGCAAACGAAAUCGAAAUGCUUCUGAUGAGGCUGCCACGCAUGUUUAAACAGGAAUUCACAGGCGUGGGAGCAACGUUGGAAAAAAGGUGGAAGCUGUGUGCCUUUGAAGGAAUUAAAACGACUUAACUGUGAAGAGCCAGCAAGUCUCUGGAGACGAAACCACCUGAGUGGGCCAGGGCUGUGCAGCGUGAGCACUGGAAGCUGGGGUUGGUCCGGCCUGGGGCCCCUGUGGAGCCAUCGGGGCCUGACUUCAGUUACAUCUGUGGUGUUCUCCUGUGAGUGGAAAUGUGAUUGUGUACCAGUUCCCUAAAACAAAGCUUCAUACUGUGACAGGUCUGUUUCCUAUGAACACCAACGAUUCCACAGUCAUAAUGAUGGCAAAAUUUUAAAAUAUGCUACAUUUGAGAAUAGCUCACCCAGCAAAAUAUUUACAGUUCAUGACGGUGUAGCAAUGGUCGUCGCUAGGCUACGGAGUUGUAUAUGUAAUGUAUAGCUGAAAUCAAUCAAUGACAUUUUCCUGAAAGCCCUUCUGUUUUAGUAAAAAAAUAAA